UCAUUCUUCUUUUCGCAUUAUUCCAAAUUCAGUUUUCUCCCGUUUUCAUCUUCUAUGGCUCGCACGAAGCAAACUGCUCGCAAGUCCACCGGUGGCAAAGCCCCUAGAAAGGAACUCGCUAGGAAGGCUGCGAAGAAAUCUGCUCCAACAAUGGGUGGAGUGAAGAAGCCGCAUCGUUUUCGCCCUGGAACUGUUGCCCUACGUGAGAUACGAAAAUACCAAAAGAGUACCGAGCUUCUGAUUCGCAAGUUACCAUUCCAGCGUUUCGUUCGUGAAAUCGCUCAGAACUUCAAGACGGACCUGAGGUUUCAGAGCCAUGCGGUUCUUGCACUUCAGGAGGCAGUGGAGGCUUAUCUAGUGGGACUCUUUGAGGACACAAACUUGUGUGCGAUCCACGCCAAGAGAGUUACCAUUAUGCCCAAGGACCUUCAGCUUGCCAGGCGUAUCCGUGGCGACCGUGCUUAAUAAUUAUUAAUUAAUUAGUUUGUUUUAAUUUCUUUUGUUUCAUUCUGAAAUUCCAUUCUUCUGCUCUGCAUAUUUUCCCUUUCUCUAAUGGUAGAUGUUAGGAUUCAUAACAAACUUAUAAUGUGAACAUUUCGUUCUUGCCUAUCUCUCUCUCUCUAUAUAUAUAUAUAUAUAUAAAGUAUAGAGAGCCAAUGACCUAAGCGUACAAUGUGUACAAUGAAAGUUUAGAAAGUAUUAGAAAUAUUAUUAUUAGUGUUACAUUGUCUUGUCAAGUUACGCUUUUGGAAUGAGUGGUUUCAGGACAUGGUAUAAGAAUUCCAGAUCCGGAAUAUAUAUAGACACACGUUCGUUUAUCUGUUUGUCAACUUCUCUUUUUGUUAAUAUUUAAUUCGCUCUCACGCAA